GCGCCGCCCGCCCCUAGCUCCUUCCUGCCUUCCUUCCGGCCACCAUCUUGCGCCCCUCCGCGUGUGUGCGCUCAGCUCGGCGCUCCCCGCCCUGUCCUCUGCCAGGACAGAGCCGCUUCCGCCCGGGAAGAUGAAAGAAACAAUCAUGAAUCAAGAAAAACUAGCCAAACUCCAGGCUCAAGUGCGCAUUGGGGGAAAGGGAACUGCUCGCCGAAAGAAGAAGGUUGUCCACAGAACAGCUACAGCAGAUGACAAGAAACUUCAGUUCUCCUUAAAGAAACUGGGAGUCAACAACAUCUCUGGUAUUGAAGAGGUAAACAUGUUUACCAACCAGGGAACAGUCAUCCACUUCAAUAACCCUAAAGUUCAGGCAUCUCUGGCUGCUAACACUUUCACUAUCACAGGCCAUGCUGAGACAAAGCAGCUGACGGAAAUGCUUCCCAGCAUCUUAAACCAGCUUGGAGCUGACAGUCUGACUAGCUUGAGGAGAUUGGCAGAGGCUCUACCCAAGCAACCUGUGGAUGGAAAAGCACCACUUGCUACUGGAGAGGAUGAUGACGAUGAAGUCCCAGUGUGAAUCAAGGAAUUGGCCUCAUACGUAUCAGGAGAGUGCAGAAAAAACCUCCCCUUCUCUUCCCACCACACUUGUGUGGUAUAGCACAGUUAAGUGUGCAGUCUGGCGUUGGUGGUUGUUGAAGAUAGGAUUUAUAAGAUACUAGUGGUUCAUCUACACCUGUGUCUUAAGUGGCAUUUAUAUUUUUAUGUAGAAAUUGUAUCAUUGUAAAUGCUAAAGCUUUAACAUCUCAUAAUUAAAAUACUUAAAGUUGACUUAAGAUAAAAAUCUUAGACUCGAUGUAUUUGGUAAGGUGAAAAAGGUACUGAUGCUUUGGUUUCAACAUGUACUUUUCUUUCUCUCUAGAUCUUGUUGAAAAUUUUGAUGAAGCUUCAAAGAAUGAGGCAAACUGAACUAAAUGUCACUUUCUGAAUAAAAUUAAAACUUGAAAAAAGCUA